AUGAGCGAACUUCGUCGUUUUAAAGCAACAGAUAUAUUUUCGUUUAAUAAUAUAAAUCUUGAUAUUUUAACAGAAACAUAUAAUAUUUCUUUUUAUCUUUCAUAUCUGGCAACAUGGCCUAAUUUAUUUUUGGUUCAAGAAACAUCAUUAUUUGAAGGGAAGACAAAAUUAAUGGGUUAUGUAAUGGGAAAAACAGAAGGUAUAAAAAAGCAAUGGCAUGGUCAUAUUACAGCCUUGUCCGUUGCAUCAGAGUAUCGUCGACUUGGUGUUGCCCGUGAUCUUAUAAAACUGCUCGAAAAUAUAAGUGAAAAUAUGUAUAAUGGAUAUUUUGUAGAUUUAUUUGUACGACAUAGCAAUCUUGCUGCAAUUAGUAUGUAUAAAUCCCUUGGAUAUUCUGUUUUUCGCAGAGUCAUAAAAUACUAUAAUGGAAGCAAAGGCGAUGAUGAAGACGCAUUAGAUAUGCGAAAACCGCUUAGCCGAGACAAAUUCAGGGAAAGCAUAAGGGAAAAUGGGGAUAAAAUAUUUGUAUUACCAGAAGAUAUUUAUUUCUAA